CUGUUUUCUGUCAUUUCUGUGUUGGUGUUAUCAAUGGAGAAGUUAGCGCAAACAUUUAUAUAGAAAUAUCAAUAAUCAAUUACUCACUAAUUGUGUGGAAAAGAUAAUAAUCAUUCUCUUGAAAUUUUCAUUCCCAUAAUGGAUUUGGGAAAGCUGUAUGAAAAAUAUAAUAUACUGAUAGAUGCUAAAAAUAAUGUGUCAGAGCAUAUUCAGGAUUAUGCCGACGCGAUCGAAGGUGCUCGAGGUGGAGAAAAGGAAAAAAAAUUAUCUACCCAAAUUCUUUCGAAAUUUUUCAAACAUUUUCCUAGUUUACAAAUUCAAGCUUUGAAUGCGAUUUUAGAUCUUUGUGAGGACGAUGAUAGCAUGAUACGAAUAUGUGCCAUGAAAGCUUUGCCUAUCAUGUGUAAGGAUUCACAAGAACACUUGAAUAAGAUUGUGUAUAUUCUUGCACAACUUUUACAGCUGGAAGAUCAAGAGUAUAAUAUAGCUUCAAGUUCUCUUAAAUUGAUAUAUAAGGAUUUUCCACAGCAAGUAAUCAAGGCUUUGUUCCUAUUUAUACAAAAUAGUACUGAUGUAAAUGUGAGAGAAAAAUGUAUAACUUUCAUUCUCAAAACUUUAUUAACCACACCAGUGAAUGGCAGUAAAGAGGAAAUUGAGGAUACCAUUAUUGAGGAGUCAAAGAAACUAUUGACGUAUGCAAAUCCUGAAGAAUUUGUAAUUAUUAUGCCAUACUUAAUUUCAUCCAAAUAUGGAAAAACAUUAUCAGGAGCCAAUCAGCUUUUAGAUACAAUUGCUGAACAAAUGGAUUUAGAUCAAGAGUUUGACCCUCAGGAGACAGGAAGCAUAGAGAAGCUAGUUAUGUGCACAAAAUAUGCAAUAACUCUAUUUUCGCCCAAAUGCGAGUCCAACAAGUUUUUCAUAUAUCUCUGUGACCAUGUACUACCUCAGUGGAGUUCUCUAGAUAGUUUGGAAAACUCUAAGGAUGUGAAGUUACAAAUUUUGAGGCUAUUAGCAGAAGUAUCCCUUCAUUGUGGAAAGCUAGAUAAUCCAUCUUCACAUGUAGUGAAUAUUUUCAGUUUAUUGAAGUCGCACAUGCCUCCCCCGCCAGAUACAGAUGAGACAACGCUGCCAUCUGUCGAUUUUACUGCUGUUGAAUGCCUUCUAUUCUCUUUCCACCGAAUAGCUAGACAAUGUCCAGAUUUCUUAACACAUGAUGCUGAAGUUCUGAGGGAUUUCAGAGCUCGUUUGCUCUAUUUUUCAAGAUGUGCUCAGGGUUGCAAAAAAGUAUUGAACCACACAAUUGCUACACGUGUGUCACUCCAGAGUAAAGAUGUAGAAAAAAUGAAAAUGGCGCCAUCCAUCUUAGAAAAUAUAAGAGCUCUUGUCAAAGAUCUAUUUUACAGUCCGCCAAUCUACAAAGUAUCUAUAACAUUGUCAUUUUUGAAAAAGGCAAUAACUCCUGAGCCAUCAGUUGUGAAGACUGGAGUUACCAAAAGACAUAUACCUAUAACAUUUGAUGGAGAGGCAGGUAAAGGAAACAAACAGAUAAAAACAUCUCGUGGGGAAAAUAGGAUAUAUCAACCACCCAGUGGAAAGUUCAGCAGUAACAGUAGUUUCCAGUCCUAUGAUCGUUCCGGUAGAGGCAGAGGCCACUUCAGAGGAAGGGGACGAGGUAAUUUGAACAGGAAUUGGAGGAAUUGAGAAGCAAACAAUUCAACAAAUUAUAAGUGUGAACUUCAAAGUAAACUCAUUUUUUGUUUUGUUAUUAAGACACUACCAAAUUAGUUUGAAAUCAGAGUGUAUCGAAAAGAUUUUUAUUGAGUUGUGUUUAUUUUAUAUGCAAUAAAAUUAACGAAUUGAAUGUUUUUUCAUGUCAGA